UAGGAAAUUUACUUCCGGAACCAGGGUCGCUGGCUUACUGAAAUUUUCAGGGUUAUUGGUAUCUUGUUGGUAACUAGCUGUUCUGUGAACAAUACUUGAACUUCUGAUUGACGAUCUAACUUAAGGCUUUUACUUUGUAUUUAAUUUUCGACCAAGAAAAUUUAACUAAUUUCAAACAAGCAACCGUACGCUAUAAGAUGCCGCUAAAUAGAAAACUACAACAUCAACAAGAGGACAGCAUUUAUUGAACACCGACUCUUGUCCUCAAGGAAUAGCUAGUAAGUUGGUGGUUCACUGGUAAAGUCACAGCCUUCGGACCACUGAGCCAUAGAAUCGAAUCCCAGCUGAGACUUGGAACUAACUCACAAUGCAGCACACAAGGGUGGUCGUGGUGGGGGCGGGUGUGGUUGGCCUGUCCACAGCAGUGUGCAUCGCAGAGGCCCUUCCAUCCUGCUCUGUGACGGUCCUGGCAGACAGGUUCACUCCAGACACCACAAGUGACGUUGCUGCCGGGAUUGUGAUGGGUGGCGCACCAAUCCCCGAUAUUCCUCUGCAGCAGCAGCACCGCUGGUUUAAGGACACUUUUGAUCACUUGCUAGAGAUUGCCAGGUCCCAGCAGGCCUCAGAAGCAGGUGUUCUCCUGAGCUCAGGGUGGCAGAUUUUCCGGGAGGUUCCCAGCGAACGCAGGCCCUUCUGGGCAGAUGAUGUUCUGGGCUUUCGCUUCAUGACUGACGCUGAGCUCAAAGGGUUUCCACAGUACAAGUUUGGCCAGGCCUUCACCACUGUCAAGUGCGAGUGCCCCAUUUAUCUCCCAUGGCUUGAGAAAAGGUUUAAAAGGGCCAGGGGUCUGCUCAAAAAGGGCAGAGUGUCAGAUCUCCAGGAGCUGUGCCAUAACUAUGAUAUAGUGGUGAACUGCUCUGGCCUGGGAGCUCGGGUGCUGGCAGGGGACAGCGGGGUGCACCCUGUCCGAGGGCAGAUCCUCAGGGUCCAUGCCCCCUGGCUCAAGCACUUCAUCCGGGACAGUGACGGGCACACCUAUAUCUAUCCUGGCCGGGACAGCGUCAAGGUGGGGGGCACCCGGCAGGUGGGCGACUGGAGGCUGGCGGCUGACAAGGGUGAAAGCGAGGCCAUCCUGGAGCGCUGCUGCCGGCUGGAGCCGUCGCUCAGGGAGGCCGUGCGCCUGGGCGAGCUGGUGGGCCUCAGGCCCGGCAGGGCAAGCCCCUGCCUGAAGAAGGUGCUGCUGGAAACGCCAGCAGGCCGAAGGGUGCCCGUGGUGCACAACUACGGCCACGCAGGGUGGGGAGUGUCCUUCAGCUGGGGUAUGGCACUGGAGGCACUGAAGUUGGUCAGGGAGAGCCUGAUCGAGCUCCCACCCCCCUCACGACUCUGACUGUCCAGUGGUGCACAAGUCACUGUCUAGACCAGUGGUCUCCACCCCUGGUCCUGGAGAGCUACAGGUUCUUCUGGUUUUUGUUUUCACCUUAAAAUUAGCACCCACUUGAGACCCAAGACACCAGGUGAGUUGAAUUAACUGUGUAAUCAACUGCACUAAUUGAUUCAUGAAGUGCAGAGUCACUAUGAAAAACAGCAGACCCUGUAGCUCUCCAGGACCAGGGUUGGAGACCACUGGUCUAGACCAAUAUAAACCAGACAUCAUUGAAAUAAACAGUAAUCUAGACCAGUUUGCAGACUUCGUCCUGGCCCCGCAGUGUAAACAUGUUUUUUGUUACAACCAUCAUUUUAAGGAAAAAAUUUGGGAAGCUUCAGCGAAUGCUUUCACAACAACUUUUAUUGAUUGAGGUUUAACAAAAAAUGGCAUACGCAAGGUGUCUCCAGGACAGAGUUUGUGCACCACUGGUCUAGACCAGCUCAACAGGAUCCAACUAAGUUUGCUUGUUUUCCUGAAUUCUGGCUUGAAUACCCUUGGUGAUACUUAUGCUACAUCUAGCCCUAUACCAGGGGUGUCCAAUCUUAUCCGAAAAGGGCCAGUGUGGGUGCUGGUUUUUGUUUUAGCCCAGCACUAUGACACCUGAUUCAACUACAGUAAUUUGCUAAUCACGAUCUUCAAUCAAGACCUUGAUAAGUAGAAUCGGGUGUCUUAGUGCUGGGCUAGAACAAAAACCUGCACCCACAUCGGCCCAUUUUGGAUAAGAUUGGACUCCCCUGCACUAUACUAUAAAAUCCCUUUUGCUACUUUUAACACUACACCAGGGCUGCCCAAUCCUGCUCCUGGAAAUCUACCAUCCUGUAGUUUUUCAUUCAUUCAUUCAUUCAUUCAUUCAUUCAUUCAUUCCAACCCCAACAAAGUGCACCCCAUUCAACAGCUAAAGAUCUACUUGAUCUGCUAAUUAGUAGAAUCAGGUAUGCCAAAUUAGGAUUGAAAUCAAAACCGACAGGACAGUAGAUGUUCAGGAACCGGAUUGGGCAGCCCUGCACUAUACCAUCAAACUCCUUCUUGCAUCUGCUAUGCUUGCUAUGACAGCUUGCUUUACCUUGCUUUACUUUUUCAAAUGCACUUUGAAAGUCACUCUAGAUAAGAGCACCUGCUAAGCAUCUAAAUGGACCUAUAAUCUUGAAUAUGUACUCUGAACUUUGUUUUUCAUGUAAAACGUCAAUUUAGUAUUAAAUUUAUUCUUAGACAGCAUUUGAUGUCACUGAAACUUUGUGGGUUCUAACUGACACUUCCAGCUACUGCUGCUUUUACCUGCAGGCUUAAUGGUAAUAAUCUCUUCUGGUUGGGCACCUAAUUCACACAAUCACAGAAAUGGCUCAUAGAAAAUUAUAUGAAGAUGUGUUAAGUGUUAAAUUCAAACAUUAUUCUGUAUUUAACUUAAAUUUGCACUUCUGUUAAAUUAGGUGUAAUGUUUGGUGAAGGAUGUACAUCCAUGGAAGAAAAGCAAUGAUGUGUUUGUUAUCACUAAAAUAUGUGUUAGUAAAAUGAGAUGAGUGCUUGCAAAAUUACCAAUGAAAAUACACAUUCUAUUUUACAUAAAAAUUUAUGAAUGUUCAUAUACACAUAAACACGUGUCUGUGUUUAUGUAUAUAUGAACAUUCAUAGAUUUAAGGUAUGCAAAAUCUAAAUCCCACUACAAGUAAGAAGCAAGUGUAAUUAUGAAUAGAGGAAGAUAGGGGAUUUAAUGCUGGUGUCUACUUGCUUUGACAUAAGCUUAAUAAAAUGUGGUCACACA